UUGCCCAGCGCGAAAAAGCAUUAACUAGUAUAGAUUUCAUGGAAGAGCUUAUUCAUUAGCUUGCGGUUACGUACAAGUGACUCAUAUUUGCUGCGCUUUCUAUUAUAUUUUUUAGUGUUGUGGGAAAAUGCGGCUUUUGGAGUUGAAGGAGCUAUGCCUGUGGCUGGGUCUUACCCCACUUGAGAUUCUCAUCCUUUUAUUUGCCACACUCAUAUUUUCCUUCUUCGCUGCACUUAAGCUCGAUGGACUCCUCGACGUAACCUGGUGGCGCCUAUUUACGAUAUACUUUGUGGCUGAUGGAUUGAUCUGUUAUUUCUGUGUUAUCGUCUUUAUCCGUCAAUAUUUUCUUGGCCAGUACAAGGCGGCAGCUGUCCGUGCUCUGUGGAGCCUUGUUCAAUUACUGGCCCUGUUCGCGUUCAAGUUGCUUUUGUGCUUUCGACUUGACGCGCACAAACAUUUCACCUAUUCAGAGGUGUUCACCCCUGUAUACGGUCUUCUGUUGACCCUGAUGUUCCGAGCCUGUCAGAUGCGAUAAUCUGUGACUUUCAACGAAAUAAAAUCAAAGCCUAUAUGUGUAUUUAGUGUAUCAAAAUGUACAACACCAUGAAUUUAUAUAUAGGUCCACAUGUACGCUGUAAGUGAAUAAAUCUACCGUCUUGAUCCUGAAUUAUAAUAAAAAUAUGUUCGCUGGAGAUAGAAAAGGAAUAUGUG